ACCACCACCACCUCCUCCCCUCUGGACGCCGUCCCCAUGGCGGAGGUCCCGUUGGACUUGGCCACCACCUCCUUCGACGACCGCUACGUGGGCUGCGCCGGCGCGAUGGACGAAGAGCUGGAGGACCUCAACCGUACCGAGUUCUCCACCAACGGCGUCUAUGCCCAAGCGUGGACCCUCGCCGCGGCCGAAUGGCGCAGCCGGCACGGCCGCGUCCCCCCGGUGCUGCGUCCGGAGCACGCGGUGGCCCUCUUGGCCUACACCAAACACGGUCCCCUCUUCCGAGCCUUCAACGCGGCCGUGCGCGAGGACGGCCGUUCCCACCGCCACUACCUGGACAACUUCCGCUUCAAGGCCUUCCAUUUCCUCCUGAGCGAAGCUCUGCGCGUCCUACGCGGGACGCGGUCCUCUCGCUGCCACCGCGUCUACCGCGGCGUCCACGGCAUCCGCUUCACCGCUCAGCGUCACCAACGCGUCCGCUUCGGUCAAUUCACCUCCGCUUCUCUCCGGGAAGAAUCGGCUUUGGCCUUCGGCCACGAUACGGUCUUCUCGGUGGAGACGUGUUAUGGGGUUCCCAUCAAGGACUUCUCCUUCUACCCUGAGGAGGAUGAGGUCCUCAUCCCACCCUUCGAGGUCUUCGAGGUCACCGACGUCACCUCCGGAGGGGGCGGAGCGCUCAUCGAGCUGCGCUCGCGGGACGCCGACAGCGCCUACAACUGCGAGUGGGUCAAAGAGAGACGAUGCCGCGACCGCCCGUGUGACUUAGGCGCAGGAUGGAGCGUCCGUGGGGACCCUUCUCUCCUCUGGGGGCUCCUCAUGGUCACCACAACCCUGGUGGCCACCGAGGGACCCUGA